AUGCGAGAAACUUUUUUGUUGUUGGAACAAUUGUAUUAUAUAAUAUCGAAUGAUCAACGUUUGGAUCUGUGUAAAGCAUCCCAAGAUGAUAGUGAGCCGGUUAAGGGACAGAUUAUAAUUUCGUUGCUUUCGCGCGACGGACCAUGCGGCGGUACGCCGUUGGCAGUAGUGGGUCCGUUAGGCGAACUCAGAGGGCCGGCGAGUCGGGAAUUGUCGCCGCAAGAAGACGAGCUGCCGCCAGGCUGGGAAGAGCGGCGCACGCCCAACGGUCGUUUGUACUAUGUGAACCACAUAACUUUAACGACUCAGUGGUUGAAACCGCACGUUUCCGCGAAGAAUCGUGCGACACCUCGUAGCAAUAAUAAUAAUAUAAAUAAUACAAAUUUAAGCAAUAAUAAUAGUGUCGAUAAUAAUAGCGUUAAUAAUAAUACGGACGAGGUGCAAUCGCCGAUAAGGCCGAGUUGUAGUACGUCGCCCGUAACCAAUGGUGCAAAUAUUGAAAAGGAUCAGACGAGUCCGCUGCGUACCGGAUCCUCCUCGCCCAGUGACGGUUUCUCUCAACCGUUAAAUUUUCUAUCUGAGAAUACGAAUGGACGGUCGAAGGAUCGGAGACAACGCAGUUUGGAGGAAAGACGCGGCGGCGACAGCGGAGGUCGACGUCGAUCCGCACGCAAUCGCGCAUCGUUAAAUGGCGUCCAAAUUGCGGCGCUUCAAGGACAGCUAGUCGGUGAUCCAAAUAAAUUAGAUUUGCCCGUCGGUUACGAGUUGCGGACGACACAGCAGGGCCAAGUGUAUUUUUAUCAUAUUCCGACUGGUGUGUCAACAUGGCACGAUCCACGAAUACCCAAAGAUUUGGCGUCGCGGGGAUUUGCUCUGGAUCAGUUGGGACAGUUACCUACCGGUUGGGAAAUGAGGCAGACAUCAUCAGGAAGAUACGGCAAAAGGUAUUGUAGCGAAUAUUCUAGAAAUACCAAGACAUCGAAGCGCCAUGAAAAAUUAGUCAUUAGCGAUAAAAAGCUAAGGUGGAUAUUACGCAUCCUUUCCAGGAAAUAUGUGUUUGUUCGGGAGUAGUUGAAACCAUUCUAAAAAGAUUAUUUUUUAUUUUAUUGCCUUUAUUUUAUAGUGGGCGGAGUGUUAGCAAUUUGGUUGCUAUAGGCAAAUCGAAUUGUUUCGAGUUCGUUACAACGUUGAUGCUGAUAGUGAAUAUUAGUGAUAAAUAGGUAAAUAGGUCGGGCUGGUGUUAUGUUAUAAAUUAUGAGUGAUACAAUUUACUGUUAUAAAUUAAUCCAUUUCAAGACUGUUAUAAAUUUUUUGUUUAAUAUAGAUACCUAUAAUUGUUUUUAAUUACGCAAAUAAAUAAAUCACUUAAUUAGAUUUACGUACAGUAUUAAAAAUACAUAAUUGCUGAAAAAUUCUUUAUUUUAUUUGAUGGGAUUUAAAAAAAUCAAAAAAGAAACACGAAGAAAAAAAAAUUAAGAAUUAGACAAACUUGAAUAAGGACCAAUCUGAAGGAUAUUAAAAAAACUUAAAAUCAGGCGGAAAUAAGGAGUUGAAAGAGUCGGAAAAAUUUGUAAAAAUUUAAAAAAUCGCAUAACAGGAAGAAUUUGACAAACAAAUUCAGAAUGAAAUCGCAUGAGAUUUGAAAAGGUCAAGAAUGCGAAGAACCUGAAAAAACAAAAGAAUGAAAAAAUCUGAAUAAGUUGGGCGAUUUGUGGAAUCUAACAAACUUGAAGAAUUUGAAUAAACAAAUAAACCAAAAGAGUUUUAAAAAUCAGAUGGAAAUAAAGAAUUUGAAGAGUGGAAGAAUUUGAUGAAAAAUUGCACAAUAGGAGCAAUUUAAAAAAA